AUGAAUUUGCCGGCCCCAGUUCCGUUCGUGUCCAAAGGAGAUAUUGUGGAAAACUGGGUUUUGUGGAAACCAACUUGGAAGAAUUAUGAAUUGGCGACUGAUCCUGACAAGAAGGAAGAUAAGAAAAGAGCAGCAGUUUUCAAAACAGUCAUUGGAGCUGAAGGGGUGAGAUUGUUACGGCAAAUAGGAGCAGAUGAAAUAACCUCAGUAUAUGACAUAAUAAAACGAUUAGAUGCUGAGAUUAUACCCCAGUAA